AUGAGCGUCUCGCAGUACGUUUCCUUUGUCUCCAUUCCGUCGGCUGAGGUACCGGUCACGUCUCAACAAGACGCAGACACCGUCGCACGUAUCAUGGAAUGCACGCAUGGCGCGGCGUCCAACGAUGCGUCUUCCCUCUUACACAUCCUGUUUAACACUCUCAAGAAUUUCUGGUCCCGCCCUGGGGUGCAAUUCGCUCGCCUCUUCGAAGUCUGCCUGCAGAGCGAGGCGUGCGCCCGCCCUCGUUCCACACAUCCCGUGUCGCGGAUCCUUGGGCACCGCGGACAGUGGAUACAGGGCGGCGAUCGCCCACCGUCCGCUCUUCGUACGGCCCGCCCACGUUCAAGCUUCGAUGCUUGA